UUUAAAGUAAUUUUUCUGCUUGACUUCUAAACUUUACUCAACUUUAUUGCUUUUCGAUUUUCCAGUCCAGUUUCCUCAGUUUUUAUAAACAUAUCCCGUCAUACUUUUGUUAUUAAUCAUUCAAAAUGGCGUUGAAAGAAGCAGUACACGAAAAAAUCAUCAAUGAAGUAAUAAAACAGCAAAGAAAACCUGGAGAAUGGAAAGUUCUAGUAGUGGAUAGUCUGAGCAAGAGAAUGAUCUCUGCCUGCUGCAAGAUGCAUGAAAUAAUGUCUGAAGGAAUCACAUUGGUCGAAGAUAUUAACAAAAGAAGGGAACCUUUGCCUCUGCUAGAAGCAAUUUAUCUCAUUACACCUAUUGAUAAGUCUAUAAAAGGGAUGAUAGCUGAUUUUCAAAAUCCUAACAAUACACAGUAUAAAGCUGCUCAUGUUUAUUUCACAGAAGCCUGUCCCGAUGAAUCUUUCAAUGAAUUAUGCAAGUCAACUAGUGCCAAGUUUAUUAAGACUUUGAAAGAAAUCAACAUAGCAUUUUUGCCCUAUGAAUCUCAGGUUUACUCCUUAGACUCUCCAGAAACAUUUCAGUUCUAUUACAACCCAAACAAAUCUUCUGGUCGCACCAUCAACCUGGAAAGAUGUGCUGAACAGAUUGCCACUUUGUGUGCAACCCUUGGGGAAUACCCAGCAGUCAGAUACAGAUCAGACUUUGAUCGCAAUGCAGAGUUUGCUCAGUUAGUGCAGCAGAAACUUGAUGCUUACAGAGCGGAUGAUCACACAAUGGGAGAGGGACCCCAAAAAGAUCGCUCGAUGUUACUGAUUUUAGACAGAGGCUUUGAUCCCAUCUCCCCCUUGCUUCAUGAACUGACAUUCCAGGCUAUGGCUUACGACCUCCUCCCUAUAGAGAAUGAUGUUUACAAGUAUGAAAAUACAAGUGGCAAUGAAGUAACAGAAAAAGAAUGCCUGCUGGAUGAGAAUGAUGAACUCUGGGUUGAGUUGCGACAUCAGCACAUGGCUAUUGUAUCACAGCAGGUGACAAAGAAACUCAAACAAUUUGCGGAAUCUAAGCGUAUGAACACAUCAGACAAAACAAACAUCAGAGACUUGAGCCAGAUGUUAAAGAAAGCCCCACAGUACCAGAAAGAACUCAGCAAGUAUUCAGCACAUUUUCAUUUGGCAGAGGACUGCAUGAGACAGUACCAGAAACAUGUGGAUAAGUUAUGCAAAGUUGAGCAGGAUCUGGCAAUGGGAACUGAUGCUGAUGGAGAAAAGAUACGAGAUCAUAUGAGAAACAUUGUUCCUAUACUAUUAGAUCAAAACAUCACUGCCUAUGACAAGAUUCGUAUCAUCUUAUUGUAUAUCAUCCAUAAAGCGGGUAUCUCUGAAGAAAAUUUAGCUAAAUUAGUUCAACAUGCCCAGAUUCCAAUGGAGGAAAAGUGUAUUAUAACUAAUACACAGAACCUGGCUGUCCCAAUCAUACAAGAUCCCACAACGGGUAAGAAGGGUAUUCUGAAUGAGAGUUAUGGAACCUUUCAAGGACAGGGGGGCAGGCGAAAAACACUGCAGCCAUACCAACCGUUUAAUCGCAAGGUGAGAGCUUCUGAACACACCUACCAGAUGUCCAGAUGGGUCCCAUACAUCAAAGAUAUUUUAGAGGAUGCUAUUGAAGAUAAACUAGAAGCCAAACAUUUUCCAUUCCUUUCCGGAGGGGCAAACUCUAGACCCCACAUCCCAGGACCUCAGAGAAGUGCAAGAUAUGGUCAGUGGCACCAGGAGAAGGGAAAACAAAGUUACAAGUCAGGUCCAAGGCUGAUUGUUUUCAUCAUUGGUGGUGUGACCUACUCUGAGAUGAGAUGUGCUUACAGUGUGACACAGUCUGCCAAGAACUGGGAGGUCCUCAUAGGUGCUACUCACAUCUUAACACCUGAAGGCUUCCUAAGUGACCUACGCAGUUUAAGUACAAGUCAGGCUUAGAACUGGAGUCAAGGAUUAUGUAUUUCAUCUCUCACAGUUUAGACACAAUGAUUGUUUCAUCUCUCUCACUCUAGAUUCAAUGAUUGUCUAAUGUAUCUCUGAACUCUGUAUAUUUUCUCCUUCACUCUGGACAAAUUCAUUUCAAAUCUCUUUCUUUUAGCCCAUUCAAAAUAGGGGUCAUCAGAAGAAAAAAAUGUGUGUUUUUAGAGUGUAAUGUUAUUAUGUAUACAAUGUCAUGUUUUAUCUCAGAUAAUGUGAUUAAUACAUCCCCUGUCAUGUUCCACUUUCUGUCAGCAAUGACACACAUAGUAAGCUCAGUUUAGUUAAUGAAUAUGUUCUUCAGGGUAGACUGACUAUACUAUGCUUUACUCUUAGAGAACAUAGGAGACUAACCAUGAAUUUCAUCUCAAUGUUCAUGGCUGAGCUCUUUGUAAGUUUCUCAAAUCGCAUUGCUUCUUUUUAUCUUCACUACAUGUUCAUUUAUUGCUAUGUUCAAGUCUGUGUUAGAAUCACUAGAAUCCAUUUUUUUUUUUGGGGUAUAUUUUCCUAUUCUUAAUUGAUUAUUCAUUAUAAUAAUUCUUGCACCUACUGCUUUGGAACAAUUGCACCUUUUUCUUAAUUUGUAAUGAUAUAAUACUCAAACCAAGAACAAUUUUUUUUUCUAAAUGUUUUUUAUCAUUCAAAAAAAAAGAAAUGUAUUUGGGACCACUAUUUAUUCAAUAUCCUGUGAAUUUAAGUUACAGUCAAAAGAGCCAGAAUGUAAUACAGUACAUGUGAAAUGUAGUCAUUCAUUUCUAUUAUGUCUUUUUUUUUCUACGCUAAUUAUUUAUGAUAAACAUAAUGUCAAAAUUUGAUGUGCAAUAAAUACUUGACUACUAAGUCAGUUUAUAUUUUCCAUUUGUUUCACCUAGUUGGUUGUUAUGUUAACAAUUGCAAAAUAAUGUGAUAUCUUUGUUUGUGGAUUCCUUAGUUGAGCUAUAUAACUGUAUAUAGAUGUGUAGAUGUUGAUGUGAUAGACAUUUCACAGGAAGUAAAAACAUUUUAUUAGUAACUUGUGUUUCAUAUAUGGAAUGAAAAGAUAGAAUUGUGCAACUGUCAUGUAACCUAUUGUUGUCACCUACUUAAAGAAAUGUUGAAGUUUUGAGACUUUGUAUGAACCAUGCUAGUAAAGCUAAAACAAAAAUCUAAACCAUACUACUUAAUUUUAAAGAAAUAAGACUAAAUAGAACAAUUGAAUUGUAUUUUAAUUUAAUUAUCUCAUUCUUUUUUGUUGCUGUUUUGUUUUGUUUUUUACCCCGGUAAAAUAAUAUUUCACUUGAACUAGAAAUGAAUAUAAUGCAGUCUAUGUUUUCUUGUCCAAUUUUAUAAUAAAUGAUCUUAUGCAAUUUAACCAUUUAAUUUCUUUGUAUAUAUUUUCACAAACCAUUACAAGUAUAAGGAAUUUUCAAAAUAUUUUUUUUCUUUUACUUUCCUUGUAAAGUAUCUAGGUAUUUUAAUCAAUGUAAGCCAAACCCUGUUUAUGUUCAGAAUGAGUUUGAAAAGUAGAUGAAGUAUGUGACAGAACAGAUUGCAUGCUAUUCUGCUUCAUUGCCAUCAAAAGUGGCAGCUGAAAACCUGGGCAGGGAAUUCAUAGGAUUUGUAAUAAUGUAGAGCCAGAAUGUCAACAAAAUAAAAGAGUGAAGACACUUCUACUUUCCAUGGCCUGUAAUAGUUAAUUUCAUUUUUAUUUUAUAUUAGUUUUUAAGCAUUUUGCAAAUCAUUAAAUAUUGCAUGGUUGUAGCUGCUAUCUUCAGGCUUCAAGAUAAGCCUUAUAAAGAUUACAUCAAACAUUGACAUGAUUCUUGUCUGUGGUCUGUUCUGCAAGUAACAUAUACAAAGACAUAAUGUCCAUAAACAUCUUUUUAUUUGUAUAAACUGACUUAUAGUGUUCCAUUAUAUACCUGCUCACCUGACUUUUAAUCUCCUUUAAUGGAAAUAAUUAUAACCAUGAUCCCCAGCACACUUUUAACCCUUUAACUACUUUCCUUUCACAAUUUAUAAUCUUUGUGCCAAUGUCAAAGAAUUGACGAACUCCUUGACGCUAUAGCAUUCUGAGAUAAAUGAAGCAUUUGAAACAAAUUAAUUAUUUUGUUCAUCAUUCCAAAUUAAAAGUAAAAGAUUUCUUUCAACCAACAUUGUUGUCUCUGGGUGUCUUGGUAAAUCUGAAGAUUUGUAUGUGUUAGAAUAGCCAAUGUGAACUAGUUCUCCUGUCUUGCUGAGAUGUAUGUAGCCCGCAGUGUUGAUAUCAAUCUUGUGUUUCCAAUCUCUUCACCUAUCUAUCUCCACAAUACAAUUCUGAUUUGGGCUUUAUUCUUUUUAAGUUGACAAUAAACUUGGAUUCAGCAGUAAA